GCACCCUGAACGAGAGGGACCCAGAUGGAAAUGAGGACAGGGGCACUGAGAAGUGGAAGGUCAACAGCAGGACUGUUGCCUACUGGAGAGCAGGCAUUUGGAGUGGAGGUGAUCUCAUCGGCCUCAGAGCUGCGGUGGUGGAGCCAUGCCCAGGUACACGGUGCAUGUGCGCGGGGAGUGGCUGGCUGUGCCCUGCCGGGACGAGCAGCUCACGGUGGGCUGGCUGGGUAGAGAAGCCGUGCGGCGAUACAUGAAGAACAAGCCGGACAAUGGUGGCUUUACCUCCGUGGACGAAGUGCGCUUCCUCGUGCGCCGCUGCAAGGGCCUGGGCCUGCUGGACAAUGAGGACUCUCUGGAGGUGGCCCUGGAGGACAAUGAGUUCGUGGAAGUAGUCAUAGAAGGUGAUGCAAUGUCCCCCGACUUCAUCCCUUCUCAGCCAGAAGGAGUUUACCUAUACAGCAAAUACCGGGAGCCUGAGAAGUACAUUGCCUUAGAUGGGGACAGUCUGACCACGGAGGAUCUGGUCAACUUGGGAAAGGGACACUACAAAAUAAAGCUCACUUCGACUGCGGAAAAGAGGGUACAAAAAUCCAGGGAAGUCAUUGAUAGCAUCGUGCAAGAAAAAACAGUUGUUUAUGGCAUUACUACAGGCUUUGGAAAAUUUGCCAGAACUGUAAUUCCUGUCAACAAACUACAGGAGCUACAGGUCAACUUAGUCCGAUCGCAUUCUUCAGGUGUUGGGAAACCACUCAGUCCUGAGAAGUGUCGGAUGCUCUUGGCUUUAAGAAUCAAUGUCUUGGCCAAAGGAUACAGUGGCAUUUCCCUGGAGACCCUCAAACAAGUUAUUGAAGUAUUUAAUGCCUCCUGCCUGCCCUACGUUCCAGAGAAGGGGACCGUUGGUGCCAGCGGAGACCUCGCCCCACUCUCUCAUCUUGCUCUCGGGCUAAUUGGUGAAGGGAAGAUGUGGUCUCCAAAGAGUGGCUGGGCUGAUGCUAAAUAUGUCCUAGAAGCCCAUGGAUUGAAACCAAUUGUUUUGAAACCAAAAGAGGGCCUGGCGCUCAUCAACGGGACGCAGAUGAUCACCUCGCUGGGCUGUGAGGCUGUCGAGAGAGCCAGCGCCAUUGCACGGCAGGCUGACAUUGUGGCAGCCCUGACCCUGGAGGUGCUGAAGGGUACCACCAAAGCCUUCGACACAGAUAUUCAUGCUGUUCGCCCUCAUCGUGGGCAAAUUGAAGUUGCUUUUCGGUUUCGGUCACUCUUGGACUCUGAUCACCACCCAUCAGAAAUAGCAGAAAGUCAUAGAUUCUGUGAUCGUGUUCAAGAUGCAUACACCCUGCGCUGCUGUCCACAGGUCCACGGGGUGGUGAAUGACACAAUAGCAUUUGUGAAGAACAUCAUCACCACUGAACUGAACAGUGCAACAGAUAAUCCCAUGGUCUUCGCCAGUAGGGGAGAGACAAUAUCUGGAGGAAACUUCCACGGUGAAUACCCAGCCAAAGCCCUGGACUAUUUGGCCAUCGGCGUUCAUGAACUUGCUGCAAUCAGCGAGAGGAGAAUCGAAAGGCUCUGUAACCCCUCCCUCAGUGAGCUGCCCGCCUUCCUGGUGGCCGAGGGUGGCCUGAACUCCGGGUUCAUGAUCGCCCACUGCACGGCGGCGGCCCUCGUUUCUGAGAACAAGGCUCUAUGCCACCCCUCAUCUGUGGACUCCCUCUCUACCAGCGCUGCCACGGAGGACCAUGUCUCCAUGGGAGGGUGGGCAGCAAGGAAGGCCCUCAGGGUCAUUGAGCACGUGGAACAAGUGUUGGCCAUCGAGCUCCUCGCAGCCUGCCAGGGCAUAGAGUUCCUACGCCCCCUGAGAACAACCACGCCAUUGGAGAAAGUCUAUGACCUGGUGCGCUCCGUCGUCAGGCCCUGGAUAAAGGAUCGCUUCAUGGCCCCAGACAUCGAGGCAGCCCACAGGCUGCUCCUAGAGCAGAAGGUUUGGCAAGUGGCUGCCCCAUACAUCGAAAAAUAUAGAAUGGAGCAUAUCCCAGAAUCCAGACCUAUUUCUCCAACAGCCUUUUCACUGGAAUUCCUACACAAGAAAUCCACGAAAAUCCCAGAGUCUGAGGAUCUUUAAUGUGCUUUGUCAUGGAUGAGUCGAUCGGAUGGCACGUAGUUUAACACACAGCAUGUUGUGCAGAGACUCAAGAACGUCUCUAGAUAGAUCAAUCCACUAUCUGAUUCUGUUCUAAAACCUACUUUGGUUAGGCAGGUGGCAGAAUGACAGUUGCUAUUUCCAGCCCUGUGUUCUCUUUCUGUAGUUUAAGAUGCAACAGAUGUUUCCGGGUUGCAGGAGUUUUCUUUGUUUCUUUAUAACAGCAGGUCGCUCACUCUUAAGGGUGAGAAGAUAACCACACAUGCAUGGGUCUCUUCUUCCCUCUCAGCAUUAGAUGAACUCAAAUUUGGAAAGAGAUCGACAGUGGGCUUUUCUAAAAAACAUUGGACUUUUGUAAUACCUUAUUUUUUUAUUUGCUUUGACAUGUUCCCCCCAGUAAAUUUCUUUAACUGAUUGGAGUCUGCCAUGUUAUGACAAAAGUUGCUCAAUAGUCAUAAAUAACCAUUUUAAGGCAAGCUGUGUAAGCUGCUCUUUCUUCUGUUACUUCAAUUAUAGUAAAGAAUAGUCCAUAGAUCUUAAACAAUCAAAUACAAAGGUGGUUAAAAGGAACAAGAGGUUUUUCUUUGUUUGUUUGUUUUUCUGAGAAAGAAGUUAAGGAAUAAAGAUUGCUAUUUGGGUA